AUGUUCAGGCCAACAGCACCGCUGUCCGGGGGUCUGCUAUGGAAAAUCCCAUGGCGCCUGUCCCCCAUGCAAAAGGCGCGUCAGCGAAAGAGGCUCAAGUUGGUCGAUAAGGUUGUCGAUACUGUCAGCGUCGCAUUGCAGAAUAAUGGAGGCAUGACCGCAAAGGCUGUGGAGAGAUGGUACAAGGAGAUGCCCAGGGAAGAGGAGAUGCUCCCAAAAGACAAAUAUACGAUUUACGACCGCAAGGAGAAAAAGUACCGGAAAGGCAUUCACAAACUUCCCAAGUGGACGCGGGUUAGCCAGAGAGUAAACCCGCCAGGGUUCUAA